AUGGCAGAACAUGAAAAAAUUAAAAACAAAAGUGGUCCGUGGAUUGAUCAGAUUCAAUCGUUCAAUGAAUUAUACCAUGAAGAAGUUAACAAAAUAGAAGUGAACCCAGGAAUAAAACUGGGAUGGGUCAAAGGCGUGUUGAUUCCAUGUCUACUCAGCAUCAAGGGCGUGUUGAUUUUCUGGCGGCUGCCAUGGAUUAUAGCACAAGCUGGAAUUUUUCAUUUAAUCAUUUUUAUUUGUAUUGCACUGUUUAUUAUUUUAAUCACCGCCUUUUCAAUGUCUGCGAUCAGCACAAAUGGAAAAUUAACAGGAGGUGGUCUUUAUUUCAUUAUUUCCCGAUCAAUUGGUCCGGAAAUUGGAGCGUCAAUUGGUAUACUAUUAGCAUAUGCUAACAUAAUUUCUGCAUCAAUGAACACAAUUGGAUUUAUUUUAUCUUUAAGAUCAUUACUAAGAUUACACGGUUUAGAUAUAAUAGAUAAACAUUACAAAGAGUUUGGAGUAGUAUUUAUAAUAAUUAUCAGUAUACUUUGUUGUAUUAGCAUGGAUAAAGAAGAAGAAAUACAACAUGCUCUUCUGAUAGCCAUAAUUGUCGGUAUUUUUAACAUAAUUAUUAGCUCAAUUAACGGCCCACAAACUACUUUAGCAAAGGCAUCAGGAUUCACUGGAUUUAACAUGAAAACUUUCGAACAAAACUGGCAUUCAGACUAUAGGAUUAUAGACAACGUUCACCAUUCUUGUUUUACAAUUUUCGCAGUUUUCUUUUCAUCUGUAACUGGUAUUAUACACGCUGGAGUAAAACUAUCUGGGAAUUUGAAAGAUUCUACUUCUGCAAUACCAAAAGGAACAAUAUUAUCAAUUUUCAUUACUAUAACUAUGUAUAUUGUAUUAAUAGUAGCACUUGGAUCGGUUCAAUUAAGAGAAGCGAGCGGCAAUGAAACCGAAUUUCAAAAUGGAUCUUAUUUAGAUUGUUCGUUUAAAAAUUGCACUGAAGGAUUGUAUAAAGACGCAAAUAUGAUGCAGUCGAUUUCGUUGUGGCCGAUUACUAUAUAUUUCGGUUGUUUUGGAACUACUAUUAGUAGUGCUUUAACCUCAUUAAUGUCCGCUCCAAAGUUGUUACAAAGACUGGGACAAGAUGAUGUUAAUCCGAUUUUUAAAUUUUUAUCAAAAGGCUAUGGGAAAAGGAAAGAACCGUAUCGUGCAAAAGUUUUUGUCAUGAUUGUGUCAUCAAUGUUAAUUUUUAGAGGUGACUUCGAUGAAAUUGCCUCAUUGAUGUCAGCCGUUUAUUUAUCUGCAUACGCCAUGUUAAAUUUAUGUACAUUUCAUGUUGCAUAUUAUAAGCCUUUGGGUUGGAGGCCAACAUACAAGUUUUAUAACAAAUGGUUAAGCCUUGCCGUAGGUAUUAUCUGCAUUUUAAUAAUGAUAUCAUUUAAUGAAAAAAUGUCAGUAAUUGUUGGUUGUACUCUAUGUGUUUUGUACAUACUUGCUGGUAGAAAAAAUGAAGUGAAAAAUUGGGGAUCUUCUAAGCAAGCACAUCAAAUAAAAACCCUUAUAAGAAACGUGUACAAUGCCAAUACAAUUCAAUACCAUAUCAAGAACUAUUUACCAAAUAUAAUUGUGUUUACUGGAAAUCCUGAGUCAAGAAAAAAAUUAGUUUCUUUAGCUCAUUCGAUUACUAAGAAUAAUGGUGUACAAAUGUGUGUCAAUAUUAAAAAGACAUCGAUUACACUAAAGCAAAAGAAAAUAUACCUUGCCAGAGGAAUUCAAUGGUUAAGAAAAUCUGGAAUCAAAUCCCUAUAUGUUGUCAUUGAUAACAUAGAAUUGGAUUUAGCAACUCAUAUGAUAUAUAACUGUGGACAUGGGCAACUGAGACCAAAUAUAGCAAUGGUUGGAUACAAGUCUAAUUGGUUAAAUUGCCCUUAUCAAGAUCUUCAGACUUAUUUAAAUAUUUUCAAUGUGGCAAAUAUGAAUGACAUGUCGACAAUCAUGGUUCGUGUGUCAUCAACCGAGAAUUAUGAUGAUCGGAAUAAAUUAAUUCAAGAUUUUAAGAUGGGUGAUUGCUUUUUAAAAAUAAAGAACGAGGCAUUUUCAUUCGAGAAGAUGAAACGAAAUGGGACAGUAGAUGUGUGGUGGUUGUACAACGACGGAGGUUUAUCGUUAAUCAUUGCAUAUAUAUUGAAACAUAGCAAUACGUGGAAAAAUUGUAAAUUUCGAAUUUUUGGAGUGACAAACAGAGUUGAUUGUUUGUCUGAAGAAAAACACAAAUUAAAACAAUUGUUAGCACUGUAUCGAAUUGAUUUCGACUACUUGGAUAUCAUUUUAGCAAACACCACUGGUAAUACAACAAUGACAUAUUUCAAUUCUUUAUUGGAACGCGUUUCUUCCAAAGAGAAUCAAUUUGAUGAUUACAGUUUACAAACAGAAUAUAUUGCUGAAACGUUGUUUUUAAGAGAUUUAAUUGAAAUGCAUUCGUUUAAUUCUGAUCUUAUCGUCUUAACGACUCCAAAAAAUAACGAGGAAAUCAAUAUAUUAUUCAUGUGUUGGAUAGAAACGAUUUCUAGAGAGUUACCGCCGUGUAUUAUAAUCAAUGGGAGUACAGAGCCAGUUCUUACUGUCAAUGCUUAA